AACAAGGUGAAGUUGUUUUAUACCAAACCCAAACUCAGAAUCAACACACACAAAAGUUUUGUUCUACCGCCAUGGAUUCGCAGCAACAAACUCGAGCAUCGCAACAACCCCGUGAUUCCAAUUCUUCAACUUCCAUUGCAAUUCCCUUCCUCUCUUUCAUCGCCAUUGCCGCUUUGGUUUUGGUUCCUUCAGCAUCACCGUCCUUCAAAAAUACGCUGUCAAUUAUUCACCAAGUCCCUGAAGGCCAUGUGGGGGUAUAUUGGAUAGGAGGUGCGCUUCUGAAAACAAUUACAGAGCCAGGUUUCCAUAUGAAGAUGCCAUUCUUAACUCAAUUUGAGCCUGUUCAAGUGACACUUCAAACAGAUGAGGUGACAGAUAUACCGUGUGGUACUAAAGGAGGUGUUAUGAUCAGUUUUGGGAAGAUUGAGGUUGUUAACAGACUGCGUAAGGAAUCUGUCUAUGAGACAUUGCUCAACUAUGGUGUACAUUAUGACAAGACAUGGAUAUAUGACAAGAUUCAUCAUGAAAUUAAUCAGUUUUGCAGCUCUCAUAGUCUUCAACAAGUAUAUAUCGAUGUGUUUGAUCAGAUUGACGAAAAAAUGAAGGAUGCCCUUCAAGUUGACUGUACCCGCUAUGCUCCGGGCAUUGAGAUCAUUGGUGUCCGUGUCACAAAGCCAAAUAUUCCAGAAAGCAUAAGACGCAACUUUGAACAAAUGGAAGAAGAGCGUACUAAGGUCUUAAUUGCCAUUGAGAAACAGAAAGUUGCUGAGAAGGAGGCAGAGACUAUGAAGAAGAUGGCUAUUAGUGAGGCUGAGAAGAACGCCAAUGUUAGCAAGAUCGUUAUGGAACAGAAGUUGUUGGAAAAGGAUAGUGCUAGAAAACAGGAAGAAAUUGAAAAUGAAAUGUAUCUAGCACGUGAAAAGAGCCUGGCAGAUGCAGAUUUCUACCGUGUAAUAAGGGAAGCUGAAGCAAACAAGUUGAAGCUUACCCCUGAGUUUCUUGAGCUAAAAUUUAUCGAAUCCAUCGCUAAUAAUACAAAGAUUUUCUUUGGAGACAAGAUUCCAAAUAUGAUUUUGGACCAAAGGCUGCUCGGAAACUUCCUUGCAGAAGAAGUUUCAAGAGGGGCCGGUACAAAAAUGAAAGCAGAUAUAUAAACUCUAUCAGUGGGCUCUCUCAUAGUUUUCUUCUACAGAAUACAAUGAAAAGAAGGAUGCCAUUUGUUUUAGGAACAUUGUUUUUUAAUGUGGAGGCAAGUAGAUAAUAGGUGGGCCUUUUUGAUAAAGUGGAAACUAAAAAAAUGGGCAUAUAGGAAGAUUGUAUCAAGUUCUCAUUCUCAAGUCGUUGUUACAUUUUGUCAUCUUUAUGUGCUGGUGUGUCAAGUUGUACUAAGUAUUUUUAGGUAUGAAUUACAGAAGUUGUGUUCAGAUUGAGAAAUUUGAGGUCAUGCAUUUGACAGAAGUUGUGUGUUUUAUUUAUAUAUUGUCAAGGCCUCCCUAUAAAUAAAGUUCAUUCGGAAGUUGUGUUUUUA